AAUAGUGACUGCGAUGCUAUUAUUAAUGAUUUCGAAAUCAGAUUCAAACCAAAUAUCGCGACCUUGCAAGCCAAAACAUGCUUGAACUGCCGAUUUAUCUAUUUCUACGAAUUUCUAAUACCCUCUGGUAUACGCAAGAUUAAAAAUGGUACAGGGAAACAUAUAGUAGCGAUUAUAAUAAAGAAAGGGCCUGAACUUCCUCUCAUUUACAAGGGCUCUUAUAAGUCGAACGAACUUGGCAUGAGUAAUCUAGACCCGCCGUCUAUAAGCUCCCCUAACGCAGGCUCUGUAUUCUUUAAUGCAAGUUCCUUAGAUACAGGCUCUAUAGUAGUCUUUAAUACAGGCAUAGAGCGGGAAGAUCCCGCUAUUAAAGGUAUUAGUAGGCUAGGAAUCUUUUUACUUUACCAGGAGAUCUGA